GUCCCCUUCCUACUCUCAACUACUAUAUAAAUUUUUCUAUCUCUGCUAAUAGUACAGCUUUGAAUUUCCAAUUUUCCACACCCAAACAUGGCAUUUCUCACUAGUAUUCUCUCUUUUCUCCUUGUCGUCCUCGCCAUCUCUACAGUCGCUGUUCACGCCGACGAUGAUUGUGUUUAUACGGUGUACAUAAGGACCGGGUCGAUAAUCAAAGGCGGAACGGACUCCAUAAUCAGCGUCAGGUUCUUCGACGAAAACGGCUACGGGCUGGAGAUCAUGAAUCUAGAGUCCUGGGGCGGCCUGAUGGGCGCUGGCUACAACUACUUCGAGAGGGGUAAUCUUGACAUUUUCAGUGGGAGAGGACCUUGCUUGAGCUCUCCGAUCUGCGCUUUGAACUUAACCUCCGAUGGAAGUGGACCACAUCACGGCUGGUACUGUAACUACGUUGAGGUCACCACCACCGGUGUCCACAUGCCUUGCUCGCAGCAGCAGUUCACUGUCGAGCAGUGGCUGGCCCGUGAUGCGUCACCAUACGAGUUGACUGCCAUCAGAAACAAUUGUCCGUUGGAUCUCGGCGACGUUAAAGGUCGCGAUCCCCUCAAACUCAAAUCUGCAGCCAUGUGAGGCGUUUUUGUGGUACCAUUAUUUUAGCUGAUUAAGAUUUUCUUUUUUUUGUUUUUUUUGUUUUUGGGUUUGUGUGGGUGAGACGUGAUCUUACAUCUGUAUGCUAAGUUGUGAUUAAUAAUAAUAAUAAUUAUUUAGGGGCCA